AUGAGCGCGAACAUCGACAUGCCAGAGGUCAGUCAGUUUUAUGAAGCUAAUUACGUGAACAUGAUCUGGCAUGUCGAUAUUCACUUUUUUCAUAAAGAAAAUAGGGGGUUCUUCUUAGAAUCAAUGAAAUCCAAAAAUAUUGGUCAUAUUUUCAUUACCCCCCAUUGUCCCUACAAAAACGGCAAGAUAGAAAGAAUUUGGCCUGGAAUUGAGCAGCAUUGCGCUAAAUGGACUGAUAUACAUCGAUGGAUUCUACGGUAUAACACAAAACCUCAUAAAAGUCUUCCAGAUCAUUUAAUUAAUGGAAAACAUAUCCAUUUAGCUCCUUACCAAGCGUUCAAAAGGUUAACCAAAUGGGCCGAAGGAAUGAAAAAUCUUUAG